GAAAUCACAUCUCUUUUGUUUUUCACCGCGUUUUUUCUUUAUUUGCCUCAAGAAAAACUCUUUUAAUUGCUAUCCAAAAAGCAAAACAAUUAAUUGUUUAUAAACGAAAUGCCUGCUGGCAUUAUUAAGACACCAAAUUCUGGUCGUGGGGCAGGUGGUAACAAGGAUGCCAAUUCUGCAAAGAAAACUAGAUCAGCCGAGGGCAAAGGCUCGGCCACGUCCAGCGGUGGUAAGAAAUUGGUCCAGACGCGUCUGCCCUUUAAGCUGAUAACACCGGGAACUGGAACUGGAAAAGCAAGCGCUGAAGAUGGUGUAUCCACCACUUCAGCAUCAUCAUUGACUGUGAUCGAUUUAGAUGUUGUAGAGCCGCGCAAGCGCAAACUAUCCUAUGGCGCCGAGGAUAACGAAGAUGAAGCCACCGCAAAUGGCAACACAAGCGGCAGUGAAGAUUCUCUGUUGCGCCGCUCGAACAGCAAAGAGAAUCUGGCUGUCGGUGCAGUUGUCACUAAAAAAGCCAAGACAGUGGAAUCAGAAGCUGAAGCAAUGGCCGAAGAUGUAAUCGCCUUGGAUGACGACGAUGAUAGCGAUCUGGCGACUGAAACUGAUACUAAAAAACCCAAGCAAAAGGAGCCAACCCAAAAGAAAAUACAAAUUAAGUUGCCACUUUUGAAUAAACGAUCGAAGCGUCGUAAAUCCCUAAAAAUGCUAGAGGAGGAAGCCAAGCCAACGGUCACCAAAGCCGCUGCAGUGGUAGCCAGUGACUCUAGUGAUGAUAUUGAAGAUCUGGCUGAAGAAUUAAAUCCCCAGAAGAAGCAAAAAGUCGCGGAAACAACAAAGGCCCAGGAAACGAUACAGGACAAACGAAAUAAGGAAAGCGAAGAUCCGAAGAAAACUAAAGAGCAGCCCGAAAGUAAAAGCAUCGAAAACGCAAAGGAAGAGACUCCCAAGGAUGUAGAUGAAUCGGAUGUUCAGCUUGUGUCCAGCAGUGAGAGUGAGUCCAACCUUCCGUCCAACACAGAUCAAGACAUGGAUGUUGACGACACAGAGACUGUAAAUAAAAACACACCCGAAAAAGAGAAACCCUCACGGAAGAGCAUUCCACAAGUUGCAACUGUUGCUGCUGCUGCUGCUGCUGGUAGUGAAUCCAAGAAACAGGACAAUCUUACACCCAAACAGCAGCGUCUACUCGAGCAACGACGCAAGGCACGGGAGGAGAAGGAGCAAAAGCUGCAGGAAGAGCGACGACUCAAGCAGGAGGAAAAGGAGCAACGGGAACAGCAAAAGAAAAUGGAACGUGACCAGAAAGAGGAACAGCGACGCAAGGAACGAGAUGAGAAAGAGGAACAACGCCGCAAGGAACGCGAAGAGAGGGAACGGAAACGCCAGGCCGAGAUGGACACCAAGAACGAGGAGAAACGCAAACGUAAUGAGGCCAAGGAAGAGAUCCAACGCAAAAAGGACGAAGAUCGUCGUCGCAAAGAGCAAGAGAAAGAGGAGGCCGAACAAAAGAAGAAGCGAGCUGCCGAAUCUUUCACCAAAUUCUUUGUCCAAAAGCAAAUACCCAAUGCAGAAGGCGGCACCAACUAUCCCGAGGCCGAGCAGAAUAGCUGUGACAGUAAUGGCCACCAAAUUGGCGGCAGCAGUAGCCAACAGUCACUAGCCUUUCGACCCUUCCAGGUGAAGGACGACAUGGUAAUGGCACCCGUGACAAGAGCCAAUAUGGAUUCACCCCAAAGGAAACAAUUGGAUGGACUCUUUCGUCGGGAUGACGAUGCGGACGAGGAUGAAGAUGAAAUAACCAUUGGACGCUCUAAGCGUCCGUCGAAAGCCCAGCUUUAUCUCAGUGAACUAAGUCUGGGCAAGCACAAGCCUCUUAAGUCCCAGCGUGAUGCCCGCUUGGAAAGACGUACCAAAGAUGAGGAGGAAUAUGAUGAUGUCCAGAUCAUAGAUGAUUUGGAUACUGGAGCCGGCAUGAUGCCCAUUGUGGAGGAUCAAUCCAAGCAACUGCCUCGAAUGAGAGCCAAAUAUUUACACUUUGCCGAUAAUCGUCGUCCGCCCUAUUAUGGUACAUGGCGCAAAACCACAAAGACCAUUUCCGCCCGUCGCCCCUUGGCCCAGGAUAAGAUUCAUUUUGAUUACGAUCUCGACUCGGAUUGCGAGUGGGAGGAGGAGGAACCGGGUGAAUCUCUGAGUGCCAGCGAAGAUGAAAAAGAAAAGGAGUCCGAAGAGGAAUCUGAGGAGGAAUACAAUGAAUGGUAUGUGCCGCAUGGUCAUCUCAGCGAUGAGGAGCUGCAAAACGAUGGUGAAAUGGAAGAUGGCAAUACGCGAGAGGCCCAAAAGGCUAAGUUGCAGGUGCUGCAACAGGAAUUUGCCCAGGAAAUGAAGAAGCAAACAAAGAAGAUUAAGCCCCGUCUCCUCGGACCUGUCUGGCUGGACGAGGAUGGUAAAAUGUCGCAGCUAUAUCCAGCCUGUUUUGCCCAGACCAUCGAAAUGUAUGGCUGCUGGCAGCUAGAACCACUCACUCUUGAGCCGCCACCCGAACCACAACGCGAGGAAGAGCCAACAAAUCCAGUGAGCAUUUUGCAAUUGGAUACGCCGCGCAUCCAGCAGCUGAUAAAACUGAUUCACGGCAAUCGCAAUUCAAAAGUAUUUCUAAUAUCUGAAUUUCUGGAGUAUCUCAAGGGUCCUCUGCAGGAUGAAUCGGGCACAGCCCAGCAAUAUCAGUUGCCAUCGAAGAGUGUUUUGCGUGAAAAGUUUGAUGAACUGGCCACCUGGCAGCCAAUUGAAUUGACCAAUUCAUCCGAAACUCCGGUCACUAAUGGCAAUAAUAGUGCCAGCGCCAAAAAGCUGAAGAAACCCAAGAAGCGCCUCUGCUGGGUUGUGCCCGAGGAUAUGCUUGAAAAAUAUGAUCUGAAAUCCUUGACCCUGCAAAAUGAAUGGAGCUAUGCCCUAACUCCGAAAGUCAAACAAGGCGCCGCCGACACAUCGAUACGUGAUAUCUCUAUGCAAGAUGAGUCGACACCGCCGGCUGCUCCUCUUCCGCCACUGCCAGCCACUGCGUCGGAAGAAACUGCAGAAUCAUCACCGAAGACGGCAAACCCAAAAGCCGCAGGAUCACAAAAGAAACGUGCUCCUCUGCUAAUGUCUGUGCCCAGGGAUCAGCCAAUUCAUGGGCCAACAAAAAAUGCACUCAUCAGUCGAUAUCUGAGACGACAGAGUGAUGCCAAGGCAGCCAAAACGGAAAAGUCCGAUCAGGAUCAGCAGCAAGGGGACGAUGUUGUUGAACUCUCCGAUUAGAGAUUAGAAUAUAAUAUUUAAAUUAUAUAUACUUAUAUGGCUCAAUAUAUAGAUAUAUACACACACAUACAUACAUAUCAAAAUUCCCCCAAAUUUUUUUUUUGUGUAAGUCUGUUUGUUAUACUUAUAUAUGUAUGUGUGUGUGUGUGUGAGCCAAAAGCCUUUUAAUUUUCCCAUUCUUCUUUGUUAAGUGAACUAUACAAUUUUUAGAUAAAAUUGAUUAUAUACAUAUUUAUAAAUACAUACAUAUACACCACGGGUUUUUUUUUCUCUAUUUCAUAAUCUAACCUUUAGCUAUAGUAUAACAUAUUAAUAUUAAUAUAUAUUUUAACAAUAUGCGCAAGUCGAUAUUAGUAAUGGGCUAAAUGCAGUUCAGCAUGCUUCAAGUAAAUCAAGAGUUUUAUUCAA